ACGCCUGGCAGAUUCAUUCCUCAGAAACGUCACCGAGAGAAUAGAGUAUUGUUGUUUGGCGGUUGACACUAAAUUGGUUUCACGCGUCUUGAAUUUUUGGAUUAAAUUCCUCUAAUGGAGCGUGAAGGACUGGUAGGACAAAAUACUGACACCACUUUAAUUACAGAAGACGCUCUGGCUAUGGAACAACAGUCCUUAACUACACCACCGAACUCAAGCUAGAUGUCAUCAGUACCAAGUACCGUGCCGUGCCACUGUAUGACGGUAGAAGGUACGUCAAGACUUCACUAUGCAGCACUUGCAGUCGUGUAGGUAAUAUUCGGCGCAGUUCUUUCCUUGUUGUGAAGUACUCGGAGAACAAUUGAAGUGUUCCCUGAAGCGAACUGCACGUUGGUGAAAGGAGCAGCGACGGAUCUCUUGGCCAAUAACUGCGAGAAUUAAUAUCACGCGAUGGUGACGUACAAAUAACGCGUCGUCUGAUUGGAUGAUUUGCCGACAAUCCGCAGACUGUGCUUGAGCUCCUUAUAAGGGUCGGGAUGGCAAUCACGAGACUCUAAUUGCAGAAAGAAAUCGUUCACAGACGUUGCCAUGCAAACCAGAAUGUCAUAAAUUGAUGCAGGGAGCGUAUUAAACUUCGCAGCCUGUGACAUUAAGUAGCUGGAGCAAUAGCGAUAAACGUUUCACACGAAAAUACAAUUUUCCACCAUGGAAACUCAAGUCAUGGAAACCGUCUUCACCGAGACAUCGAUGUGGAUAACAGAGAAUAUUUCGUCUACCCCCAGCGGUGACUCCAUACCUUUUUCAACUUACGCCCUAGCCGUGUUCGUCGCAUCAAUGAUGAUUCUCAUCACUGUCGCCCCAAAUAUCAUGAUGAUCGUGCUGGUUAUCGUCGAUCGCAAACUGCGCAAACUCAGUAACUAUUACAUCAUCAGUUUGGCGGUAGCCGAUUGCAUUGUGGGAGCUGUGGUCAUGCCCUGCAUGGCGUCCUAUUCCAUCUUAGGAUUCUGGGCUUUGGGAGGUGUAGUCUGUGAUGUCUGGAUAACGUUCGACUUCAUGUGCUGCACUGCAUCUAUGCUGAGCCUGUGCAUGAUAUCGUUGGAUCGCUACUGGGCCAUCACCAGACCUCUGAAACACAUGGGUAGACGCAGCCGCAAGAGGGCGCUCUUCUAUGUGGCGGGAAUAUGGGUCGCAUCAGCCGUUUGCUGGGUGCCAGCUAUCGUUGCCUUUCGCCUGGUGUAUGGUAGCUUCGGCAAGUAUGACUGUAUCUACCUAACAGACCCAAUCUAUGUGCUCAUUUCUGCCAUAUUGGUAUACUACAUGCCAAUGGCCGCCAUGAUUUACCUCUAUGUCAAAGUGUAUAUCUCGGUCAAGAGUCAGUUCAAAUCGCUUGAGUCGUUUGAAAAUUCACCAAUAGAUAAGCCCAAGACGUCACAGAGCACCAAAGUCGAUGGUGUUCUGAACAAUUCGGGCACGAGUGCCACUACAAUUCUGUCAACUACUCUAUCCGAAAUAGCAACCAAUGACGUGUCUGCCGCUUACAUGAAUAGGGGAUACAUGGGCAGCACGCAAUCUCUGAAUGAAGUUCAAGUUGAGUCGGCAUUAUCCAAUGAACGUCCGAGUCCCAAUGACGUCAUCAAAACGAGUGGUAUUGCUGUUGGUAUUACGGGGCCAGACAUGAAUACCAGUGACAUGCUUGAAAAUAGCACGCUGUGCCUGACACCAACGGACGACAUCACAUUGAGGUCCGUAUCAGCCACUGUGGCCGGGAACCAAGGAACAAUCGUCAGUGCUGCGGAAAUGAGAAAGGUACGGUUGAGAAAGGUUCAACUGAAACACGCCGCCAUCAACCGCAGAACCGCGCGAGCUCUAGGUAUCAUCGUGGUCCUAUUCCUGAUCUGCUGGCUGCCGUUCGUUGUCCUAUUCCCCAUCAAUGCUUUCUGCAACUGCGUACCAGUGAAACUGUACGACGCUUCCUAUUGGCUGGCGUACUUGAAUUCGACCCUUAACCCCUUCCUGUACGGGUUCAGUUUGGACUUCAGAAGAGCCUUUAUGAGGUACUUUUGCAAGAGGUGCGUGCCGGUUACACUGCAGGACGUGUCUAAUACUGAGGACUCAAAAGGAAACUUGAAUCAGUCACAACAUCACUGACAAAUUCUUGUCUGAAUUAAGGCUAGUCUUAUGUAGCUCUUUUAGGAAGACUAUUCCUCAAACAUUUGGCGUUACGGCUGUAAAUAAUAUUGAUUAAAACUGAUCAGACAUAUAGAACCUUUUGCCUUCAUAGAUUCAGCGAAUCAUGAAUGUUGGCCUAUGGUGGCACUGCAUGUAUAGUAUAAUAUGAAAAUGUAAAUAAAAUUUGAAUCUAGGCCUAUGUUCUGGCUUAAUUGUUAAGAUCACUUUUGUUAGCACUUAUGUUUUAGUUUAUAUCAAUUCUAUGCCAUGAAUACUUGAUCAAAGAAGAAUGUGUUAUAUCAAUGAAAUUCACCCAAACAAUAUGAACUAAAAUAAUGCUCAUAUAUAUUUGCACAGUUUAUUGACAUGAAUGUUAAUUAAGUUGCACUUGCUGGUGGCAUGAAAUUAAAAUCUUGCACAAUUUUGUGUUGCUUCACUGAACCUGG